AUGACAAAUAACAAUAAUAAUAAUAAUAAUAAUAAUAGUAAUACAAAUAACAAUAAUAAUAGUAAUAGUAAUAGCAAUAGCAAUAGCAAUAAUAAUAACAAUAAUAAUAAUAAUAAUAAUAACAAUAAUAAUAACAAUAAUAAUAACAAUAAUAGUAAUAAUACUAAUAAUAGUGUUUCUAAUAUAACCAAACAUAGUCACAAUAAUAAUAAUAAUAAUAAUAAUAAUAAUAAUAGUAAUAAUAAUAAUAAUAAUAAUAAUAAUAAUAAUAUUAAUAUUAAUAAUAAUAAUAAUAUUAAUAAUAAUAAUAAUAAUAAUAAUAAUAAUAAUAAUAAUAAUAAUAAUAAUAAUAAUAAUAAUAAUAAUAAUAAUAAUAAUAAUAAUAAUAAUAAUUCUCCAUAUCAAAGUUUAAUUUCAUUGAAACAAACAAAUAAUAGUAUUAAUAAGCCAUAUUAUGGAAAUAACAACAACAAUAUAAAUGAAGGUAGUUUUGUUGAAAAGUUUUCUUCAUUGGAUGAUAAAAACACUAUUUUCCUACCAUUCCCACUUGCUACACAAACUACGACCACAUACAACGGCAGUAGUAAUUCAAUACCAAAUUAUUUAUUAAAUGGAAGUAAUAAUGGAUUUCUAUCAUCAUCAUCAUCAUCAUCAUCAUCAAAUCAAAACCCACAAAUUCAUACACACCCCCCACUAAUGCCACAAUUAGCUUCACAUUCUUACCAACAACAAAAUCAAAACCAAAAUCAAAACCAAAAUCAAAACCAACAACAACAAAAUCAACAACACAUGCAACAACAACAGCAACAGCAACAACAACAACAACAACAACAACAACAACAACAAUAUCACAAUCACCAUCAUCACCACCAUAAUCAACAAUACCAAAUGCACCAUCAAAAUCAAGAUUAUUCACAUUGGUUUAGAUAUUCUAAUAGUAAUACUACAGUUUCAAAUAAUAAUAACAAUAACAACAAUAACAAUAAUAAUGGUAAUAAUAAUGGUAAUAAUAACAAUAAUAAUAAUGGUAAUAAUAAUGGUAAUAAUAAUAAUAAUAAUAAUAAUGGUAAUAAUAACAAUAAUAAUAAUAAUAAUAAUAAUAAUAAUAAUAAUAAUAAUGGUAAUAAUAAUAUGUUUCCAAUGCUAAGUCAUGGUAAUGAUUAUUCAACAUCAAUUAAUCAUAGUUCAACAUUAGCAUCUAAUCAUUUACAUCCAUUAUUAAGUAAUGCUGCAUCAUUACCUUCAUCACCAAUGUUAUCACCAACCUCUAGUUCAACACCAGUUUCACCACCAUUCAAUUCAUUACAACAAUCAAUUUCAUGUUCGUCCUUUAAUUUCGGACCAAAUGAUUUCGAUAGAGAAGUUAAAAGAAAAUCAAAUUUAAGAUCUAGUCAAUCAAUGACCCAAUUAUCUGCUGUUGCAAAUGGUCAACAACAACACCAACAACAUCAACACCAACAACAUCACCAUCAUCAUCACCAUCAUCAACAACAAGCCAAUCAAGGUCAAUCAUUUAUACCGGCUAGAGAAUCUUAUAAUAAUGGUUGGUCUGUUCAAACUACUACUUAUUCAUUUAGUAGUAGUAAUAAUAAUAAUAAUAAUAAUAAUAAUAGUAGUAAUGGUAAUAAUAAUAAUAAUAGUAAUGGUAAUAGUAAUAGUAAUGGUAAUAAUAAUGGUAAUAAUUUUAAUAAUGGAUUUGGUGGUGAUAUUAAAAGAAGUAAAAGUGAUAGUAAUAUUCAUGCCUAUGAUACAAUGAUAUCACCAAGACAAUCACAUUCAAAUGUUACACCUUAUAUGUCUUCACCUGCAAGUUCAAGCUCAAGUUCUCCAAUUUUAAAAUCAACCCCAAAUAAUGGUAAUAAUAAUAAUAAUAAUAACAAUAAUAACAAUAAUAAUAAUAACAAUGGUAAUGGACCACCAUCACCAGAUUUACCACCUCAAUCAAUUAAAACUAGUAAAUCAAUGUCAAAUUUGUCAAAUUUAUCAAAUAUUGCAGAAUAUGAGAAAGCCUCAUCAUCGGCUUCAUCAGCUUCAUCAGCCUCAUCAAUUUCAUCAUCAUCAUCAAUUUCAUCAUCUAAUCCUAAUAAACCACCAAUUGAAUGUGAACAAUUUUCAUUACCAUUAGAUUUAUUUGAAGAAUGGAUGGAAGCUGAAGGUUAUAUUAAUGGUGUAACUUAUAUAAAGAGUGGUGGUAAAGUUAUUGGUGCACAUGCUGAUAGGAAAACAUUAGAUUUGAAAGCAGAAUAUGAAAGACCAAAACCAACAAUUAGAAAAACAAAAAGAGAAUUACUUUGGACUCAAAAAUAUGUUUGUUCACGUAGUGGUACGCCAAAGAAAAAAGAUAAUAUAUUUUUAGAAAAAUCAAAUCUUAAUAAUAGUAAUAGUAAAAUAAAAGUUAAAGAAGAUGAUGAAAAUAACAACAACGACAGCAAUAGUAAUGUUGUUAAUAAUGAGUCAAGUAGUAGUGUCACUAUUCCUGGUAGUAGUGUAAAUACAAGAAAAAAGAAAAUAACAUCAAAGAAAUGUGGAUGUCAAUGUAGAAUUAUUAUAUCAGUUUAUGCAGAUGAUAAAUCAUAUGCUGUAGUUAGAAAAAUAGCUGAUCAUUCUGUUCAUAUGAAUCCACAAGAAAUAGCAACUGUAAAGAUUAAACAAGCUGAAAUUCAUAAACGUUUCUCAUUAACUUAUUCAAAUUCUCAUCAAUUAAAUCAAAUAAUUCAACAACAUAAUACUCCAAUUAAUUCACAACAACCACCACCACCAACUCAACAAUUACAACAACAACAACAACAACAACAACCAACUCAACAAUUACAACAACAACAACAACAACAACAACAACAACAACAACAACAACAACAAUUUCCUUCACAACAAUUUCAACAAUUACAACAACUACAACAACAGCAACAACAACAACAACAAUUAGUAAAUACAUCUCAACCUUUAUCCUUACAACCAAUUGGAAUUCCACAAUUUAGUUUUUUAACAAAUAGUAUAUCAAAUGUAAAUAGUAACCACAAUGUCAAUAAUAAUAAUAAUAAUAUCAAUGUCAAUAAUAGUCAAAACAACAAUAAUAAUAAUAAUAAUAAUAAUAAUAAUAAUAAUAAUAAUAAUAAUAAUAAUAAUAAUAAUAAUAAUAAUAACCAAAAUAACUAUAAUAAUAAUGAUGAUGAUGAUAAUAUAGAUAAUGAACAAUUAGAAAAUCAUUUCCAAUAUUUACAACAAUCUGGAAACGGUUUUCAAAUGGCUAUUCAACAUUCAAAUAAUCAAACUCAACAAUUUAAUCAAAAUUUGAAUGGCUCAACUUCGCUCACUUCCUCUCUAUCAUCAAUCUCUAAAAGUUUACAGAUUUCUGAUUAUUAG